AUGAGGCAACUCCGCUCUCUUGUUUUAACCUUGAGCUUUCUCCUUGUUUUUCUUUCAGCUGGGUCAUCCAAUGCGUCCUUGCUGCCAUUCGUUGAUCGCCGCCCAGAAAGUUUGCUGGUUGAUCUCUGGUCGGAGCGCUUUCCAGACCCGUUCCGAGUGCUAGAACAGAUCCCAUUUGAACUUGACAAAGACGACGGCGUGGCACUCUCUCCAGCAAGGGUGGACUGGAAAGAAACGCCAGAGGGUCAUGUUAUAAUGUUAGAUGUGCCAGGAUUAAAGAAGGAAGAGCUGAAAAUCGAGGUGGAGGCGAACCGAGUUCUGAGAGUGAGUGGAGAGAGGAAGAGGGAAGAAGAGAAGAAAGGGGAUCAUUGGCACCGAGUUGAGAGGUCUUACGGAAAAUUUUGGAGGCAAUUUAGGGUGCCAGAGAACGUGGAUAUGGACUCUGUCAACGCCAAGUUGGAAAAUGGGGUUCUCACUUUGACACUGGCCAAGUUAUCCCCUGAUAAGAUCAAAGGUCCUAAGGUGAUUAGCAUCGCUAGCACUGGAGGACAUGAGGACGAACCUACCCAGCUCAAGGCCAGUGAGGUCAAGCAAGAGCUUUAA